UUUUAAAAAUAUCUGAUUCUGAUCUCUUCUUCUUCAGCCUUGAAGGACAAACAGUACACUACAGACACAGACACAGACACAGGGACACUCACUUCUCUUUCCUUCGCCGGCCACUCUCUCUCUAUUUUAUACUACUAUAUAUUAGCAUUUUCAAAUUUAAGAAUUACAAGUCGUAUUCGCAGUUCCAAUUUGAAUCGGAUCUAACUCGAAUUCCACGAAAUGCGAACAACUCCGCUUUCUCGUUCGAUGGAUUUCUCUCAAAUUUUACCCUAAUGCCGAUUUAGUCGCCGAUCGAAGCAAGCCCUAGGGUUUUGGUUGAUUCACUCACAACAACAAUGCAGCAUCAGGGCUCGACGAGCUCGUUGUCGUCGUCGUCGUCGGCGGCGGCACAACCGGAGGCAAUACUGGAAUGGCUUCAGAAGGAGAUGAAUUACAGACCACUAGGUCCGUACACCGGGUCGAGCAACAAGUCACAGUUACCUUCCAUUGACUCGCUCCGCAAGAUUUGCCGCGGUAACAUGAUCCCCGUCUGGAAUUUCCUCCUCACCCGCGUCAAGUCCGAGAAGACCGUCGAGAAUAUCCGCCGCAACAUCACGGUUCAUGGUGGUGGUGGUGGUGGAGAGAGUGGAGGCGGCGGCGGAGGUGGCAGUUCGGUGAAUUUGAGGAAAGAGGAGGGUAGGAGUAGAGGAAGUGGGAGGAGGAAGGAGAAGGCGGUGGUGGUGGAGGAGGGAUUGGGCGCGGCGGAGGCGAGGGAGGCGGCGUUGCAGGAGAGGGACGCGGCGGCGAGGGAAGUCGAGAGGUUGAGGAAUAUUGUGAGGAGACAGAGAAAAGAUUUGAGGGCUAAGAUGUUGGAGGUUUCGAGAGAAGAGGCCGAGCGGAAGAGAAUGCUUGAUGAGCGCACCAAUUACAGGCACAAGCAGGUGAUGCUGAAGGCUUAUGACCAACAGUGUGAUGAAGCAGCAAAAAUAUUUGCAGAGUAUCACAAACGUCUCUGUUGCUAUGUUAAUCAAGCAAGGGAUGCUCAAAGGUUAAGUGUUGAUUCUUCAGUUGAGCUUAACAGCUUCAGUUUAAACAGUGAGAAAGAAGCAGUUUAUUCAACUGUUAAGGGCAGUAAAUCUGCAGAUGAUGUCAUUGUUAUCGAAACCAAUCGGGAAAGAAAUAUCCGAAAGGCAUGUGAAUCUCUUGCUAUGCAUAUGAUUGAAAAAAUACGCAAUUCUUUUCCUGCUUAUGAAGGAAAUGGCAUUCAUUUGAAUCCUCAAUUGGAAGCAGCCAAGUUAGGAUUUGAUUUUGAUGGUGAAAUACCUGAUGAGGUUAGAACCGUUAUUGCAAAUUGCUUGAAGAGUCCUCCUCAGUUGCUUCAGUUAAUUACUGCAUAUGCUUUACGGCUGAAGACUAUUAUUUCUAGAGAAAUCGAGAAAAUUGAUGUUAGAGCCGAUGCAGAAACUCUAAGGUACAAGUAUGAGAACAACACAGUCAUGGAUGUUUCUUCUCCUGAUGUGAGCUCGCCAUUACACUAUCAGCUUUAUGGCAACGGAAAGAUAGGAGAUGCACCUUCUAGAGGAACUCAAAAUCAACUUCUUGAAAGACAGAAAGCUCAUGUUCAACAAUUUUUGGCUACUGAAGAUGCCCGGAAUAAAGCUGCAGAGGCUAGGGACUUGUGUCAAAAACUUGUAAAACGUUUACAUGGAAGUAAUGAUGUAGUUUCCUCAAAUUCACUUGGUGUUGGAGGUGCAUCGCAAAAUGUGGGAGGUCUUAGGCAAUUCGAGUUGGAGGUAUGGGCUAAGGAGCGAGAAGCUGCAGGGUUGAGGGCUAGCUUGAACACACUGAUGGCUGAAAUACAGCGUUUGAAUAAACUAUGUGCAGAGAGGAAAGAAGCUGAAGAUUCUUUAAAAAAGAAAUGGAAGAAGAUUGAAGAGUUUGACGCCCGCAGAUCUGAACUUGAAACCAUAUAUACUGCUCUUCUUAAGGCUAACAUGGAUGCCGCUGCAUUCUGGAAUCAGCAGCCAUUAGCUGCAAGGGAGUAUGCAUCAAGCACUAUAAUUCCAGCUUGCUCAGUUGUCAUGGACAUUUCCAAUGGUGCAAAAGAUCUUAUUGAUAAAGAAGUUUCUGCUUUCUAUCGAAGUCCUGAUAAUAGCCUCUACAUGCUUCCAUCAACCCCACAGGCACUCUUGGAGUCCAUGGGGGCCAAUGGAUCUACUGGACCUGAAGCUGUUGCUGCUGCUGAAAAGAAUGCUGCUUUGUUGACUGCAAGAGCUGGUUCCAGGGAUCUUUCUGCAAUUCCAUCAAUAUGCCGUGUUUCAGCCGCCCUUCAAUAUCCUGCUGGUUUGGAGGGUUCAGAUGCUAGUUUAUCAUCAGUAUUGGAGUCCCUGGAAUUCUGUUUGAAACUUCGUGGUUCUGAGGCUAGCGUGCUGGAGGACUUGGCGAAGGCAAUCAAUUUGGUUCAUAUACGGCAAGAUCUUGUUGAAAGUGGUCAUGCAUUGUUGAACCAUGCUUACCGUGCUCAACAAGAAUACGAAAGGACAACAAGCUACUGUUUGAAUUUGGCUGCUGAACAAGAAAAAACUGUCAUGGAGAAAUGGUUGCCUGAACUUAAGACUGCAAUCUCAAAUGCUCAAAAGUCUUCAGAAGAUUGUAAAUAUGUUAGGGGUUUGCUUGAUGAAUGGUGGGAGCAGCCAGCAUCAACUGUUGUUGACUGGGUUACAGUUGAUGGGCAAAAUGUUGCAGCUUGGCAUAAUCAUGUGAAGCAGCUUCUUGCAUUUUAUGAUAAGGAGCUGUUGUAAAUAAAAUCUUUGAGCACUCAGGGCAACAAGAUGUUUCCGGAGAUUCUCUGCCUUCAUUGUUUUUCCACUUUCGCAUCAAUAUGGUGAACUUCGUAAACUACAGCCUGGUGAAAGUGGCAUGCUGCACGGGGUACACUUUGCUGAAGCGUGUGGAGGCAUCUAUUCGGAACAUCUUUUAAGUGUGGUUUGAUUUGGGGGAGAUGGCAGUUGGGGCUUCUAUUCAUUUUCUGUUUGACUUACAUCCAGACCAAUUAUUUUUCCUUUUCACAAUUGAAUUUGUACAGGAUUGUUCUUCCUUUGUAUCAUAGGUCAUCAUAGUUAUUGGGUUUGGGUGAGUUGUUCUCUCAUUUUGGGACUUCAUUAGUGUGCUAUGUGAUUUAACAUUUGAAAGUUACUUCAGCCACUUUAGUCUAAAGGAGAUAAUUGAGAUAAAAGUUCCCACAUUCUCUUUCUA